AUGGCGCUCAAGGAGGAGCCGGAGGGCAGCCGCAGCGGCUUCGCCGGCGGCGGGCCGAGCUGGGACCCCGGGCUGGAGAUCCAAGUCCCCUUCGAGCAAAGACCGGUGAACGAGUACUCUGCUCUCAAGGAUAGCACCCUCUACUCGUGGGCGGAGCUGAGACCAGGCUCCUUCUUCCUGCGGCUCGGCGGCCUGUGCCUGGUGACCUUCACUGUACUCGCGGCUCCAAUUGCAGCCGCAAGCUUCAAUCCAGGGAAGGAUCCACUCAAGUUUGUGCUAGCAGCUGGGAUCGGGACGCUGCUUCUGGUGUCAUUGGUGGUUCUCAGGAUCUAUCUGGUGUUGGCUCGUGACAGGCUCUUGGGAUCUUACAAGGUAAAGCCGGUGAUCAACCUGCUGAAGCAGACGCUGGUGGGCACCGGCGCGCUGCUCGUCGGCGCCGUGUCGCUCUUCGCCUUUGCCGCGCCCGUCGAGGACUUCCUCCACGCCCUGAACCAGCCUCCCUCCGCCGCGUCGUCCAAGCCAAGCUUGAGGAAGGAGGAGCUGCUGCGGCUACCUGUGGAGGUGAUGCAGGACGACGACCUCGCCGCGGCCGCGGCGGAGGCCGCCGACGGACGGCCGGUCUACUGCAGGGACCGCUACUACCGGGCGCUCGCCGGCGGGCAGUACUGCAAGUGGGACGACCUGCUCAACUGA